GAGCUUCACCCUGAAUAACUUGAACACUUUCAAAAUGGCCAGUAAGGUCGAUCGCAUAGUAGCCCGGCUACAGGCCAAAAUCGAAGAGGGCGAUUACUACGAGGCUCAGCAACAGACCCGUGUCGCCGCAUCCCGUUACAUCAAGACCUCCAACUGGCCCGCCGCUAUCGACAUUCUCUCUAGUGUCUCCCAAGCGCUGUUGCGUGCUGGGCAGGGUGGCAGUGGAGGUGAUCUCUGUGCCAUGCUCGUCGACGUCUACAAGCAGGCAGAGCUGAAGCCGGAUGCUGAUUCCAAGGGCAGGCUAUUGACUUGUCUGCGACUCUUUGAGGCUGGAGAACCCACAAGGAAGAAGUUUGUGGGCGAGAUUAUUGGAUGGUCAGCCAAGUUCGGCGAUUACCCUGCCGGAGACCCAGAGCUUCACCACGUCGCCGGAUCACUCUACGCCGAAGAACACGACACAUACGAGGCCGAGAAACAUCUAUUAUUGGGCACCAAGGACUCGCCCGAGGUUUUGACAAAGAUGGAAUAUACCUGGUACAAGGAGAGUGAACCUCACCAAGCGGCUCUCUUUGCUGGCCGUGCUGUGCUCCCCUACCUCCUAGUCGGCAACGUGCGAGCUGCCAAUACCUGCUAUCGCCUAUUCACUAGCUCUCUUUCCAGCGACAACCCGAACCUCGGUGUUCAAGAUGUGUCCAGCCCUGCCGGUGACAUCCGCAUCUUCCCAAGUCUCCCCCUCCUCAACUUCCUCGGCUUCCUCCUCCUUGCCAUUCAGCGUGGCGCACCCGAGCUCUACCGUGCCCUCGUGUCUAAGUAUGCGACACAAAUCAACGAGGCUGGAUCAUGGGCCGAGGCGCUCGAGAUGGUUGGAGAGAUGUAUUUCGGUCUUUCCAAGCCUCGGCAGAGCAACCCUCUGAUGGAUAUGAUGAGCGGAUUCUUUGGUGGCGGUGGUGGUCAGCCAGAGAAGCCCAAGCGUAAACAGGUUACGCAACGGCAAGAUGCCCCCGCGGCAGAGGGUCUGGACUAAAAUAGAGUCCGUUUGUAAGGUUGGGUAUCGGGUAUACCAUAUCGUCGUGAGAGGAAUACAUAGACAGCAGGCGUUGUAAGGUAAACAAAAAGACUUGGUCAGCCACGGUGUUGUUCUUCAGGCUCAAACAUCCAGUUAUCUUCACUGAGAGCUGCCACUUUCGCUCGUAGACUUGCUCUUACAGCCUCAAUGAGUUCUGAGUCAUGUUUGUUAGUGUGAGAUACAUUUAAUGAGUGAGUGUAAUCGUACCUUCAGGCUGUUCGUGCACAUCAUGACGAUUUAUCUGAUGAUGCUUAAC